GCAUUUUGUACAAAGAGUGAUAAGACAUCAUUAUAACCUUGCAAUACUAACUAGUUUCUCUCGAAGGCCGUGGGGUCUAGGAUUGCAGAAUUAUUAGACAGUAUGUAGUCCAUAGUUCCAUAUAGCCAGGCUGACGUACACAAAUGACGUCUCCUUGUUUCUACUGGCUGGCUUGGACUAUAUAUACCUAUAUCCUCGUACUGCCAUAUCAUCCUCGUUCAGUUGCAGAAGCAGCUUGAAAGCUUGCUCUGAGUCCUGGAUUCAGAGCAAUAUUUUAAGUACCUCUGAGUAGCGAAGUUCCACGUUCAUCUUGUUGGUUACUGGAUUGUCAUACGCAGCCCUCUGGUUCCUUUGAAAGUUCAAGCGGCUGUUCACACGUCACAUUCACAUGAUUCAAGAAUUCUGAAUCAUACGCAGCUUCACUCGCUCGCGACAUCCAUCUCUUCUGUCAAGAUGGGAGAUUCGUCGUCACAGCAACAAGGCUUGGGAAGAAUCAGUGCAAUCGUCUUGCAGACUAGAGGGAGGCUCAAAUGGGCUUCGUACCUGUGCUCGACGGUCUUCGUCCUGCAGUAUCUGAUGCAGAGCGCCGAAGCGGAACCAGUCCUGGGUACAAGCCUCUUUCGCCAAUGCAGGCCUGUUGCCAUCGCCAACAACAAAACCGAAGAUUGCUGUCUUCCAGAGCCGGAGCGGGAGCCCAUCCUGUUCAAGUUUGAGGAGAGGAAGAAGAUGCUUGUGCGCAGGCCUGCGCAUGAGCUUGCCAACGAUGUGGAGUACGUGAACAAAUACAACUUGGCCUACAAGAGAAUGAAGGAGCUCCCCCGUGAAGAUCCCCGGAGCUUCCUCAGACAAUGGCACGUUCACUGCGCGUUCUGCGUGGAGGCUUUCUUGUCGAGAUAUCUGAAUGGGACUCCUACACCAUAUCCUCUCCAGCUGCAUUACAGCUGGACCUUCCUCCCGUGGCACAGGAUGAUGCUCUACUACCACGAGAGGAUUCUGGGCAGUCUGAUCAAUGACCCGGAGUUCACUCUCCCGUUCUGGAACUGGGACAAUCAGCUCGACGCGGGUGCAGCGCAAAUGCCUCAGAUGUUCGUCCCGUACAAUCCACCGAAUCCAGCAAUCGACAAUUUCUACCUAUACGCGGGUGCAAUUAGAGACCAAAACCAUUACCCCCCGAGGGUUAUGACUCUGAACUUCAAACCAGCUGAGGAUAAGGCGGGAAUUAUCCCGACCCCCGAGGAGAUCAGGGACGCGAACUUGUGCAUGGUGUGGAACAUGGUGGUAAACAAAGUGAGCGCUCAGGAGUACCUGGGUGGUAAAUACAACACCAGCGCAGACUUGUCGGCUGCGGGCAACGCAAACGCGAGUGCUGAGUCUGGAGGCUCAGAGCUUCUCCACAACACGGCGCACGAAUGGGUGGGCAUGCUGAACAACUCGGCUUUCCCCGACAACGAGGACAUGGGGGUGUUCACCUACUCGGGCAGGGAUCCGCUCUUUUACUCUCACCACGCCAAUGUCGAUCGACUGUGGGACGUGUGGCAAACUCUUCCGGAUGGAGUGACGGUGGAUGGUACCAGGACGAGAAAGGAGUUCGAUGACGUCGACUUUCUGGAGACAGAAUUCACAUUCUUCGACGAGAACAAAGACAUGGUGAGGGUGAAGGUGAAGGAUACUCUCAGCAAUGCCAAGCUGGGAAUCAUGUACCAAGACAUGAGCGAAGCAGACAGCCUGUGGAUAAAUCACAAGCCCAAAGCCAGCAAACCGAGCUUCAGAACUACGCAGUUGUCGUCCACUCCCGACGACUACCCGGAGGUGGUCGCGAAUGCGAAUAACACCAUCGGAAGCACCCCCGUCUGCUUUAAGCUUCAUCGACGAGCUCCUACCAAGGCUGAUCUGAAGGGUACGCAGGUGAAGCACAUUGGCGAGCUGAGCGAGGGGGUUGUGAUGGAGAAGGUCAAAAUUCCCGAGAUGAUGUACGUGCGCUUUGAUGUUUACGUCGACUUCCCGAGCGCUAACGUCGACUCGGAUAUGGACCAGUCCGAUUACGUGGGCACGUUCACUCAUCUUCCCAGUGGAGUGGCGAGUAUGGAGAGCGUCACCUCCCAGAUUUCCGUGGCCAAUGAGGACUUGUACCGCGAGCUGAACGUCCGAUUUACCACGGGCCUUGCGCUCAGAAGGUUAGGCAUUGAGGACUACAGCACUGACAUCACGGUGACCAUCGUGCCGAGGUUCAGAGAUCAUGAUGCAGACAAAACCAUUACCUUCUCAAACCUCAAACAGGAGUUUCUGUAAGUCCUUGUCGAGGCUAAAUCCACUCGGGAACUUGAGCUUGGUUUUGGAUAUAAUCUUUUGGUGGUAGUGCGGUUUGAGAUCAUAAUGAGCUAUAACUCGCCUUCCGUUUCGUAUAGUAGGUGAGUUAUAUCUCGCCUUUUUAAAGGCAUAUGUACUUUGCUUCUUAUAUCACUGUACUCUCAUAUGGACAAUCCCGCUGGCAGAGAGCAGUGCCCGGAUUGAGUUCAGAAGUGUUUAAGGACCAUUCGUAGGUUAUAAAUACCCCGUACGUCAAGAGGUAAUAAGCACUUGUCAAGUGCUACCAGAGAGUACUCGAUCUGCUGGCUGUUCGUUGCUUCGUGAGUGUUACUGUGAUGAUACGCUGUCUCUGACCGUGUUUGUAUUAAUAAACUCCUGGACCUUUGGGUUUAAGCCCUAAACCCUAUACUGUUAACCAGGCUGUUCUGAACUUUGGUUUUAA